CCCUGGACAGAAGAAGGAGAAAUGGCUGCAAGGUUACUGCUCCGCUCGGCCUUCAGGGCCGCGACCCGCCGGCCGGCCCCGGUGCCCGCUGUGAGCCGCGCCAUGGCGGCUGGAGGGGUUCCUACCGACGAGGAGCAAGCCACCGGGCUGGAGAAGGUCAUCAUGAAGGCCAUGAAGCAGGGAAAGGACCCCUACAGCACGAUGAAGCCCAAGGAGUACACCGGCUCCAAGGCCGACCCCCACCUGGUCCCCUCCGUCACCACCAAGAGGAUUGUGGGAUGCAUCUGUGAAGAAGACAACACGGCCGUGGUCUGGUUCUGGCUCCAUGAGGGCGAGGCCCAGCGCUGCCCGUCCUGUGGGAACCACUACCAGCUGGUGGCCCACGAGCUCCCCCACUAGCUCCUCUGAGGGUCUGCUCCUCAUCUCCAUCCUUCAGGCUGCAGGAAGCUCCUUUGGUCUGUCGACUUCCUGGAGCUGUGAGUCCUCCUCUGAUUGGUCCUCGUUCUGUCCCCUACUCCUGGACCUGCUGACCUCAUCAUGUCACACAGGGACCACAUGUGGUCCUAGAACCCCUUUCCCUUCAGCUGGGGGGUCCAUGGAUCCUGAUGUUCUCCUGGGGUCACUGACUUCCUGUUCAAUGUUCUACUGGGUUCACUGACUUCCUGUUCAAUGUUCUACUGGGGUCACUGACUUCCUGUUCAAUGUUCUACUGGGUUCACUGACUUCCUGUUCAACAAUAAAGUCUCAUGAAACAU